UCCGUUGAAAACCCUCGGUCCGCAGCCAAUCCAUUCUCUCUUGACUCUCUGUUAUAAGCUUGCUCGCCCGUGCAGUGAAGAGAGGGAGAGAGAGAAGAAAUCCUUCGGUUCCAUCACCCAUCCACCACUCAAAAGCUACUGAGAUCGGGAGGAAGGUAGAGGAACGGUUUUGAGCAGCGGAGGAAGAAGGAGAAAUGGCACAAGUGAAGAGGAUUAAGCUCGGAUCGCAAGGCCUCGAGGUCUCGGCGCAGGGCCUCGGGUGCAUGGGGAUGUCGGCGUUCUACGGCCCUCCGAAGCCUGAAGAAGACAUGAUCAAGCUCAUCCACCACGCCGUCGACACCGGCGUCACGCUCCUCGACACCUCCGAGAGCUACGGCCCUCACACCAACGAGAUCCUCCUCGGCAAGGCGUUGAAGGGUGAGAUCAGGAAGAAGGUUCAGCUGGCGACCAAAUUCGGCAUCAGCUUUGCGCCGGACGGGAAGAGGAUCGUGAGGGGCGAUCCAGCCUACAUCCGGGCGGCUUGCGAGGCCAGCUUGAAGCGGCUCGGCACCGAUUACAUCGAUAUCUACUACCAGCACCGUGUCGACACCAAAGUUCCGAUUGAAAUCACGAUGGGAGAACUCAAGAAACUGGUUGAGGAGGGCAAAAUAAAGUACGUUGGUCUAUCUGAGGCCUCUCCUGCAACAAUUAGGAGGGCACAUGCUGUUCAUCCUGUUACAGCGGUACAAAUUGAAUGGUCCUUGUGGUCGAGAGAUGUGGAGAGAGAAGUAAUUCCUACUUGCAGGGAGCUGGGCAUUGGGAUUGUCGCAUACAGUCCAUUGGGAAGAGGAUUCUUUUCAGCCGGCCCCAAGAUAAUGGAUAGUUUGGCAAGUGACGAUGCCCGGAAGACUCUACCAAGGUUCAACCCCGAGAAUCUCGAGCACAACAAUAUCAUGUUCGAGCGGGUCAACCAAAUCGCAGCAAGGAAGGGCUGCACCCCGGGGCAGCUAGCCCUGGCAUGGGUUCUCCACCAAGGCGACGACGUGUGCCCCAUUCCUGGAACCACCAAGGUCGAGAACUUCAACCUGAACGUCGGGGCUUUGUCAGUGAAGCUGACACCAGAAGAAAUGGCCGAGCUCGAAUCCAUUGCCACCGAAGACGCCGUGAAGGGUGACAGAUAUGGUGGCCUGGUCUCUACCUGGGAGAACUCAGACACUCCACCCUUGGCAUCGUGGAAGGCUGAAUGAAAACCAUGCAUGCAUGCUGCGGACUUGUGCUCUUUGUGUUUCCCCGAGUUUAGAAGAGCUUAAUACUUGUAUGCUUCUACUUUUGAGUGUUUGACAUCCAUCACAGGCUUUUGUUUAAGACUAUGUUUGGAGAUUUUUAUGAAUAACUACGUUGCCUGUCAUGCUAUCUGGGCAUUCCCUAGAAUUAAGUUUGAAUGAGGGCCAAAAACCCAGAAGAAAGCAGCCCUGAUAGUAUCACUAUGAUAUACUAAUUUGUAAACCAAACAAUUACUAGUUUACGACUACUUUUCCUUCCCUUGUGUA